GUCAUGUUUUUAUUUUUUGUUCCGUUGGGUCACGUGUCAGGAGCGGACAGCUGAUCCGCCAGCAGCUGAGCUUUAACUUCGGCGUCACUGGUGGCGCCUGGCACUUCGCAGAACAACCCGAGCCGGUCGCCUCAGGUGUUUAAUCAGAAAGUGAAAGCAUUUCAAGCCACUGCGGGUUAAAAAUAGUCCUGACAUGGCUCCAACACUGUAUGAUGAGAAACCAGAGCCGGGGGACCUGAUAGAGAUCGACCGUGGCUCAUACCAGCACUGGGCUGUCUAUGUGGGCGAGGGCUUUGUCGUUCACUUGGCACCACCCUCGGAAGUUCCUGCUGCAGGCUCCAGCAGCAUAAUGUCCGUCCUGGCCGACAAGGCCAUCGUCAAGAAGGAGGUACUCUGGGACGUGGUGGGAACAGACAAGUGGUUGAUAAACAACGGUCUGGACCAGAAGUACAAGCCCCGCCCGCCUCAUGAUAUUGUGCGUGAGGCCUGUACCAUGGUUGGUUGGGAGCUGCCGUACUGCGUCUUCAGGGGAAACUGCGAACACUUUGUCAACGAGCUGCGCUAUGGGAAGGCAGAAUCCCGGCAGGUGCAGCAUGCAGGUGAAGUUGCAAUGAUGGCUGGUGUUGCUACAGUCGUGGGUUUUGGUGUCUUCGCUCUGGCCAGCGCUGUGUUCGGAGGCAGCAAAAAGGAAAAGAAGGACACCCAGUGACUGAAACCACAGCGGUGUGUUCAGGAGCUUUGAAUAACUCAUCACCAGCGAAGCCUAAGGGCCACUUACCAUUACUGAUCACAGAUAACACUGCCUAAUGUAUCUGAUAUUAAAUGGAACUGGCUGACUUCCAACUCGUCUUUAACUAUCCAUCAGCUGAUUUUUAAGGUUUAUGUUUUGAUCAUUUCCCUCUAUUUCAGGGUCUAAAAUUUCUACAGAAAGCACAAAAACAACAAUUUGUAUUUUUAUUUGAAUAUAUGCUGAAAAAAAGGUUAAAUGUUUAAUAUAUGAACUUCAUAGGACAAUAUUUUGAACAAUGAAUUGUUAACUUUUUUGUAAACACAAAAGACAUUUACCUGACUGCAAUCAAAGUGUAACAAUUUGAAAAUCAAAAUGAAAAAUUUUAUUGCCAAAACAUGCCUUGUUUGUUAAUAAACAAAAACAUGUGUGAA